GUCACUGGCUGCACAUGUUAGAGGGCACAGUGUGCAGGAGAGUCAGCUGACAGACGAUACAGAAUGCUGCCUCUCAGGACUGUGCUGCGGAGAACUGCCUCCGGGAGCUGCUGCAGGGGCUUCUCUGUCUCCGCACGGGCUUAUAACACCGGGAGAAAGGGCCUCGUCUUGGGAGUGUACGACAAGGAAAAAGAUGAGGGAUCCGUUAUUCUUACAAACGCAGGGGAUGUGUUUGACAAAGUGGUUUCUGGGAAGCUCCGUGACCAACUAACAAGAUCCGGUCCAACGUUGAAGAAGGGAAAAACACGGAUGUUUUACGGCUUGCAUGAGGAUUUCCCCAGUGUUGUUGUGGUGGGACUUGGUAAAAAAACAGCCGGUGUUAACCAUCAGGAAAACUGGAAUGAAAGCAAGGAAAAUAUCAGAACCGCGGUGUCAGUGGGAUGCAGACAGAUGCAAGAUCUGGAGGUUGAGCAUGUGGAAGUGGACCCAUGUGGAGAUGAACAGGCUGCGGCCGAGGGAGCUGUUCUAGGGCUUUUUGAAUAUGAUGAGCUGAAGAAGAAAAAGAAGACAGCGGUUGCUACCCAGCUGCAUGGAAGCCAAGACAGUGCAGCCUGGCAGAAAGGUGUGUUGUAUGCAGAAGGCCAAAACUUGGCUCGUUACUUGAUGGAAGCUCCGGCGAACUAUAUAACCCCUACAAGGUUUGCAGAGAUUCUAGAGCAGAAGCUGGGAGCAUUUGGAGACCGUAUCAAGGUGUUCACCAGAUUGAAAGCCUGGAUUGAGGAGCAGCAGAUGGGGGCUUUCCUGAGUGUCGCCAAAGGGUCUGACGAGCCACCAGUAUUCCUGGAAAUACAUUAUCAAGGCAGCCCUGAAUCCAGCGAGUCUCCUCUUGUGUUUGUUGGGAAAGGAGUCACAUUUGACAGUGGUGGAAUAUCGCUGAAGCCUUCAUCAGGAAUGGACGCCAUGAGAGCAGAUAUGGGUGGAGCUGCUACUGUAUGUUCUGCCAUCGUGACGGCUGCAUCUCUUAAAUUACCCUUAAACAUCAUUGGCCUGGCUCCAUUGUGUGAAAAUAUGCCAAAUGGAAAAGCAAAUAAACCUGGAGAUGUUGUGAAAGCCAGGAAUGGGAAAACUAUCCAGGUUGAUAAUACCGAUGCUGAGGGAAGGCUGCUGUUGGCUGACGCUCUCUGCUACGCUCACGAUUUCAAUCCACGUGCUAUAGUAAACGCGGCUACGUUAACGGGUGCAAUGGACGUAGCAUUAGGUUCUGCAGCUACUGGUGUUUUUACAAAUUCUUCCUGGCUUUGGACACAUCUUCACGAGGCUAGCAUUGUGACCGGAGACCGUGUUUGGAGAAUGCCUCUGUUUGAACAUUACAGUAAGCAGGUUACAGAGUCGGCACUUGCAGAUCUUAAUAACAUUGGAAAAUAUAGCAGAUCUGGUGGCGCGUGCACAGCUGCUGCUUUCCUGAAGGAGUUUGUUUCCGCCCCACACUGGGCUCAUCUAGACAUCGCUGGCGUGAUGUCAAAUAAAGAUGAGGUUCCGUACCUGAGGAAGGGCAUGUCUGGACGCCCCACAAGGACACUGACAGAGUUUGCUGCUCGUCUUAGCAGCGACAAGAAUGCCUCCUAAGCAGACGCCAUUCUAAAAAUGUCAUAUUUGCUAUUAAUGUGCGUCAGCGCAAACAUAAAGUUAAAUAAAGGCACUUUGUUUUUUACUAUCAA